GACACGCCGUUCCCUUCCGUCAUCGGAGGAAUUGCACCGACGCUGGACGACAGCAAGCAUCUUAUCUUCGAACCUGGAAUCAGUCGUUCGUUUUUUGAUGAACUUUUAUCUUCGACUGUGACAUCACCGUUUCGGGCUAUAAAACGGCGCAGCGAGACGCUCCACGGCAUUGGGCACGGCAGCACUGCCAACAUGAGGGCUAACAACCCAUUCGUCUUUCUCGUCCAGAUCCUGCUUGACAUUGUGCUGGUGCCGGUCAACGUCAACAAGCUGAACGCAGGCACCGAUGCUGCGCGCCGCGACACGCCGUUCCCUUCCGUCAUCGGAGGAAUUGCACCGACGCUGGACGACAGCAAGCAUCUUAUCUUCGAACCUGGAAUCAGUCGUUCGUUUUUUGAUGAACUUUUAUCUUCGACUGUGACAUCACCGCUUCGGGCUAUAAAACGGCGCAGCGAGACGCUCCACGGCAUUGGGCACGGCAGCACUGCCAACAUGAGGGCUAACAACCCAUUCGUCUUUCUCGUCCAGGUAAGCAAACGAUUUUGCAAGUCCUACCGUAGCAAUAAUGUUUGCUUGAUUUUGCUGCCGUGCCCACGGUCCUGUUACUUGUGGUUGUGCGAUGUGUUUUUCUCUCUGAGAAUGCUACUUUUGCUGAGCGGCGAUGUUGAGGUCAACCCUGGUCCAGAAACAGGCGCUAUUUUACAAAAACUGAAAGAAAUCGCCCGGGACAUACAGGAAAUUAAAAAUGAAAAGGGUAUAACAAAUGACAGACUUUCUGCGAUCGAGCACAAACUGGACAGUCUCAGUACGCUUCAAAAGAACGUCAGUGCAUGUCGGGAGAGAAUGACUGAACUUGAAACGACUGUUAAAAUUAUUACCAGAAAGGUAGACGACUUAGAAAAUCGAAGUAGACGGUCGAAUCUGAUUGUCUACGGAAUUAAAGAACAAGAGAACGAAAACAGUCAGACACUCGAAAGAGUGGUCGUAGGUGAAAUUCUCGAGAGAAUUCUAAACGUACAAAUAGCAGGCAUCGAAAGAAUUCACCGCCUCGGGAAACAGGCUGAUAACAAGAUCCGUCCAGUCAUACUCAAACUACUGGACAGUAGAGAUAAAUCAAAGAUACUGAAAAACUGCGUCAAACUGAAAGGAACAGAUUUUUCAAUCGGUGAAGAUUUCUCCCGACACGUACAGCAAAUACGUAAGAAGCUUUGGGACCGCACUAAAGCAAACCGAGAUAAGCGAGAAAAGGUUUUCUUAACAUAUGAUAAGGUUCGCAUAAAUGGGCAUCUCUAUGCGUGGGAUGAGACAAAAGAAGACAUAAUUCCCGUAGAAAAAAACGAUGUUCCCGACGAAAACUAACCGAAAGCCACAUUCUGCCAUCUAACCUUAGAGUCGUAAAUAUAAAUGCAAGGAGUCUUCAAAAUAAAGCAUAUUCAUUGGAGUCCUUUCUCUUAGAAUUUAA